GUCUGUAGGACUAUGUGAAAAUUUACCCCUGUCACUGUCAUUAGCGUUUUUUAUUUAUUUACUUUUUCAAUUAAUUAUAAAUUCCAUUGUUGAAACACCGAACCAAUUCAAUGAAAUUGAAAUAAAUCUACUCAAAUGUGAUAAACGAAUUGAAUAAAGUUUAGAUUUCUUACGGCUCAGUGUGUUAGAAUAUUUAGUAAGGCAUGACCUCAUAAUAUAUUCGAUUUGGUGAAGAAAAAAUGUUGCCACCCCACGUUAGUGAUGUACUAUUUUAGCCACCCUUAAUGAUAUCAUGUUGUGUUUUUUUCUCAUCAUUUAAUUUUCCUACAUAAUUGAAAUUGAAUAUGUUUAUCCAGCUACUGCUGUGAGUCAUAUAUGAAGGGUGUGUUACAUGUUUGUCCUAGGCAAAUAUAGAAUAUUUUGGCAGUGAUUGAAUCAUUUUCGCGGACAGCCACACUAACUUAGAAACGAAGAAAGGAAAAAGGUGUUCAGUCAACAUGGUUCGAGUAUUUUCUGCAUACCACUAUCGUGGACAAACAAUUCAUACGAUUAACGAUGAAAUCCUGGCCACUUGUGUCAUGGAAAACACGGAUCGCAUCGCAAUCGCUAAAUCGAAUUCAUACAUCGUGGAUAUCGUGUCAUUGAAAUCGAACAGGGACGACAACGAUCUCAAUCACAACGACAACGAUAAACUGAAAAUUGUCUUGUCGUUUCCAACAGUUGAUCAGGUGCAACAGAUCGCCUAUUGUUGCAAUGGAAAUUACUUGGUAACUUUGGAGAAACGUUCAAGUCGACGUCAAGGGGAAAAAUUUUUCUGUCGUGUGUAUGCGAAUUGGAGUGCACUGGAUGCAGCAACCGGAAAAAAUACGUCGAUACGCGCUCGUAUAGCUGGUAAAGUGACGCCCAGCAACUGUACUGAUUGCUUGGAAGUGAUUGAAGUGCCCGUUAGGAAUGCCCCAAAGAGGAUCGCUUGUUGUCAAACCACUGGAAAUUUGGCAAUUUCGGUUAAUUGUGGAAUUGUUUUUUACAAAUACUUUCAAUGCAUGAACGACAGCACAAAGCAUCAGUACAUUGAUUUUAAGGAAAUUCCAUUCAGUGUUGACCUGGACUUUACUCCGGUCAAAUUAGAAAUGGUGGAAAACUUUGUGUCCUGUUCGAACAGCAAAUUUGUCAUUUUAUUUCGGCUCAAUUUGACCAACAGUUUGCAAAGUGACGAUGCAAUAUCGGCUAGUUUGACAUCGGAUAUUAGCAAUAGCUGUCCCAUUGAUUUGCCUUACAAGAAGGUAAUAAAUGAUGUGGUGGAUUUUAGUGUUUGCAACGUCGAAGAUUUUGAAGUGGCCAUCGCGUCGACUCAUGAUCGAUCUGAACAACGAAAGCAGAGCAUCGUAUGUGAAUUCAAGCCGGUCAGUACGAAUUUAAAGUGCAAUUUGGUGCGUCAAUUGUCUGACAAUGACAUGUUGAUUCAUUCUGAGAGUGACUAUACAUUGAAGGUUUUACUUCAACUAAAGCAACGAGAUUCAAACGAUCCAUUCAAAUGUUUAGUCUUAAAACCGAUUUUUCUACGACGAUCUGAGCAUACGAACGAUCUAUACAACAUUUCAAUUGAACACGUCUGGAAGUCGAAUCAUUUCCACGAACUGUUUGGAGUGACAGUAUUGGUGGCAACGUCCAACGAUGGAUACGUUUAUCAAUUUAGCAACAAUGACAAAUGGCUAACUGAAGACACCAACCUCAUUGCAACCUAUCCAUUCACAUCACCACUCAUCGAUGUAAUGAUGAACCAGAAUGUUUUGCAUGCAUUGACGGAUCGUGGACUGGAAACAUACACAUUACGCGUCGGACACAAACUCUUUACCAGCUACUUCGAAUAUAAUCUUCAGAGUUCUUCAUCUGAAAUAGAAGCAUGCCCACGACUAGAGGAUCCAAUUUGUUUAAUUGGCUUGCGACCAUUUUUGGGAGUUAAGUCCAUGCUGUGCAACAAUUUCCAUAUGGUGCUGUUUGCAAAUCAUUUGGACGAAAGUGUGAAGAAAGACUAUGACGAAGGAUGUUGGACAGUGUACAAUAUGACAUUACCCACACCAGAGAAUAUGUAUCGGGACUUCGAUGAAUUGGCUAAAAGUUACUUUGCCGAAAGUAGCAGUUGCAGUACGUACGCACACUUGAUGGGAGAAGCACAUGUCAUCAUGCGAGUUGCGAAGGAGUUUUCGACUAUACAGCAUAACAGCGAGACAGGGACCGAUUUGAUUCAAUUUGAUUCGUCGGAUUGUGAAAAAAUGUUUUUGGAAUCGUGUCGGAAACUGGGAGACUUCUGUGUCGUAUCAGAGAAUCGGGAAGAGUACUGUCAGGCAUUCGCUUACUAUUCCAUGGGAGGAUUGCUUGUAACUGAAGUGUACGACCGAGGAUUGAACUUAUCAAAAAAUGAUCGCGAGAAGUCAUUGACCGGUCUAGUUCAUACUAUCAAAAACAUGUUUAUCAAACAUCAUCACCAAUGUGCAGACGAGCUCGGCAGACUAUUGACAAGUGUUAGAACCAAUGGAGAACCACAAAAAUCAGUCACUUUUGGGGAAGAAUUGCUCGACCUGUUUCUUGUCGCAGCUCCUGAUGAAUUAGCUGCUUUAUGCCUAAAGUCACAAGUAUUUCGCGAUUAUAUGUCGGAGAAAGUGUGCGAGGCAAUCAACACCAAACAAGAUAAAACGAAUGAGGACAAGCUCUGUUUGGUAAUGGAAAGUGUUCGCAGGAAUAAUCAGCGCGAAACCGACUCAAUACUCAACAUGUUCACGGAGGACUGUUUCUAUGACGUUUUAACGCAACACUGGUGCGUUCUGUUCGACUCAACGCACAUUAAGAAGUCAAACAAACAUGUGCUAUCCUUCUCCGAACUGACGGAAUCAUAUCUUUUGCCGUCGAAAGCCCAACCGAUUCAGCAGUCAUUGGUUCGCAUAUUUAUCUACCUUACAAUUGAUACCAAAGCGGUGCUUAUGGACGUCAUGCUCAAAUUACUCAUGGAUUAUCUGGCAUCGAGUGUGGGUCAGUCUGGUUACAACACUGCUCAGUUGAUCCUACAAAUACUUUUAGAGUCACACUUUUACGAUUUGUACGUGAAUCGACGUUUUAAUGGGACAUACAGCGACCAGUCUAUCGUUAAUUGUGAAUCAAUGGAAUCUACAGCAUCGAUCAGUUGUCAAAAAUGUUCCCAACAGCAGACGCAGACUCACUCAACAUCGGCAACAUCCGAAAAUUGUCCAAUGGAACAUUUCUGUUCUGAAUCAAUGAACACCGACGCUAUGAAAAUAUUGAUCCGCAUUUACCUAGGAAAGCUAAAGAAAGCUCAGUUCGACCAAGCCACAAUGAAAAAUGCUGCGUCGGAUUCGAAGAACAUGAAAGGUCUGUUUAAGUUCCUGCAGAAAAACAUUGCAAAAUUGUAUGAACACCAUCAAAGCCGUAAUACUGGCGAUGUGGAACAAGCAGACGACAUAACGGAAGCUUCAAAGCAGAGACGUCCCAUUCUCUUCUUACAAUGCCGACCAAAGUAUCUGAAUCGAUUGACGCCAUUCACUGAAAAGCAGUUUGUAUACAAUGAAGCGGGAUGUUACGGUCUCGCUGACUGUCAAUGGAGUGAUCUUCACUUGACUAUAGUGAAAUUUCAAGCGCUGCUGAGCAGUGGUCGAUUGACACGUGACAUUCUACAAGAAAUCGUUUAUUUCUUUGAGGCGAAUGCACCGUUGAUAUCGAUGGAAAGUUUCAUCACCUUGCUUCUACCCGACACGAACUGUAUUGCAUUUUUCAUCGAAAAUUAUCCGAAACAUUUGUUGGAAUUUGCAAAGUGUCGAUUGAACGAAGAAAGUUUAUGGACCGAUUUGCUGCUUCGAGUUCUCGAUCAGAAGGAUUGGCUUGUUAAAUCCAAUUCGUACAAAUUUUUCGAGAAAUUAUUGGAAGAUAUCCUCAAAUACAUCGUCAAAACCAAAGACCUGGCGACAGUGCUUCGAAUUAUUCCAGUAAAGAAAACCGAAUUGCCAACUUCACAUCUAUUGUAUAGCGGCAACUGUGGUGAAUCUGCUGAGGAUAGAAUAUUCGCACAGUAUUUGAAAUUGGCUAUUGACAAGGAUCGAGCUAAUCGAUUGAGUGAUAUGAUUAAAACUACGGGACAUCAAUUAUACGAUACGUACAAUAGGAACAAGCAGUUUUUUAACUAAGUUAGUUAAGAGCACAAACAUCAUUUUUGCAUUUUUGCAACUAAAAAACGAACGAAACGUUUCGAUACGAAAUUGAAUUUUAAAUUAUUGAUUCAACUCAAAAGCAUAUAUCCGCAUCCAUCUUACAUUUUUUAGUAAUUCUAACAGAAAUAGUAAACAGUAACAAUGUAGAACGGCAAAGCAGGAGCAUAGUUUAACUAGAUUUCCCUGAGACUUUUAGUAAUUUUUCAGUUAUUUUAUUUGAACCUUUCAGAAACGGCAAGCGAAUCUAUCUUGUUUUAAACCAAAUCCUUUCUAUUUUGUGACAAAAAAAAAAUCUUUUAUUUCAUUAGUUUCACAACAUAAAUUGUACUUUGUAUGAGAACCCAAGAGUUCAAGGACUAUUUGCUUGUACACGACAGUCCAUUUCUAAAAGGUUAAGCACAUACUUUGUUGUUGUUGUGGCCUAUCCCAUUUACGUUAAGUUGCUGCGAUAUGAGUGAUGUUGAAUGAGGAGACUACUUCUAACGUGGACUUCUAAUGUUGCAUUUUAAAUGAUUUUUUAAAAUUUCAAUGAGACUACUGCUAUUUCCGUUGGAGCAAAUAUUCAUAGAAAACCUUUUGUCAGUCAAGAGAAGAUCCUUAGAAAAUCGUUGAAAAAUUCACGAAAGGAAAUCCUCAAACGAACAAAAUUCUCGAAAAUUAAAAAAAAUCCUUUGAAACUCCAUCCAGAAUGAGUCAAAGGCUAUCUGAUAAUCUUUGGAAAAUCAUUGAAAAUCCACUUUUUGACAAUACUUUGUCAACGAAAUUACACAUAUCUGCCCUUCACUCCAAAAGGUCGCAUUGAAAUAAAUGAUUUGUUGUAUAAGACUACGUUAAAGCUCAACACCUAUUUUUUCAUCGCUGGUGACACAAACGUCUCUUUAAGAUUUGUCUCUAACAUCGUAGCUGAAUAUGAGAACAGGCAUUUCGUAGGUUACACUAGAAUAACUUCUCAAUUUAGCAAUGGUCAUCUCGUAGUACGAGUGCAGCUAAUUUUGAAUUGAAAAAAAAACAUUUUUUUUUCUUGCUCAAGCUUUAGUUGAAUGAAGCAGUCUAGUCACAACACUGUUGCUUAUAGUUUGUGUUCAUUAUUUAUUAAAUAUUCUUUGUGCGUUGCCAA